AUGACCACUGUUAGAGUUCUUUUAGCCUUGGCUGCAGUUAAUAAUUGGUUAUUGCAACAAAUGGAUGUCUCUAAUACCUUUCUCAAUGGAGAUCUAGAUGAGGAGAUCUACAUGACGUUACCACAGGGAUAUUCUGAGCUUCAGGGGGAGGUUGUUCCAGCAGGCUCUGUUUGUAAAUUGCAAAAGUCUCUUUAUGGCUUGAAGCAAGCUAGUCGCCAAUGGAAUCAGAAGUUAUCCCAGGUACUUUUGGAGGCUGGUUAUGUUCAGUCUGUUGCAGAUUCUUCCCUGUUUACACGUAAACAUGGUGCUUCCUUUGUAGCAGCUUUAGUUUAUGUUGAUGACAUCCUUAUUACUGGCAAUGAUGCUUGUUUGAUUGAUGCCUUGAAGAAGUUUCUGAGUUCCAAGUUUCAGAUUAAAGAUCUGGGAGAACUCAAAUUCUUUCUUGGUCUUGAGGUAGCAAGAUCUAAACAAGGUUUAUACAUCUGCCAAAGGAAGUAUACAUUAGAGUUGUUGGAAGAAUUUGGAAUGUUAGGUUGCAAACCUAUAGCAACACCAAUGGAUGUGACGCAGAAGCUUUCUUUGGAAUCUGGUGACAUUUUGGAAGAUCCUACUCUGUUUCGUAAGUUAAUUGGGAAAUUAAUAUAUCUGUCUAUUACUAGGCCAGAUAUUUGUUUCUCUGUUAACAAAUUGAGCCAGUAUAUGUCUCAACCAAGGUCGGCUCAUCUUCAGGCAGGGAUGCGAGUUCUGCGUUAUCUGAAAAAUGAUCCAUCACAAGGUUUGCUGUAUGCUACAGAUUCUGAUAUAUCAUUGAGUGCAUAUUGUGAUGCGGACUGGGCUGCGUGUCCCGAUUCUAGACGUUCUGUUACAGGAUUUUGUGUGUUUCUUGGUUCUUCUAUGGUCUCAUGGAAAGCAAAGAAGCAGGUAACCAUUUCCCGAAGUUCUUCGGAGGCAGAAUACAGAUCGAUGGCUUAG